AUCUUGUUGGCUGUCGGUUUUGUACGGCGUUACACUGUGACCCACUUCCUGUUUGGCGUUUCCUCUACACGUGUGAGAGCAAAACAGGCGUUUACUGGAAGGACAGUUGUGGAUGGUUUAAUGCUCAGUGAUCAGGAUGGACGGGGAAGUCAAGAAACAGAAGAAACACCAGCAGAAGCACAGCGGACCAAAGGCAGAGAAGAAGAAACUGAAGAAACCGGGAGGUUCAGCAGAAGAAGAUGAGCGCAAACGCAACCCCAAAGCGUUCGCGGUCCAGUCUGCCGUCCGCAUGGCCAAGACCUUCCACAGAGCCCAGGACAUAAAAACUAAAAAACACCACAUCCCUCUGGUGGACCGAACUCCCCUGGAACCUCCUCCAAUUGUGAUUGUAGUUGUUGGACCACCCAAGGUCGGAAAGAGUACCCUGAUCCGCUGCCUGAUCAAGAAUUUCACCAGGCAAAAGCUUGGAGACAUAUGUGGACCUGUGACAAUAGUGUCUGGUAAGAAGCGCCGGCUGAUGUUCAUGGAGUGUAACAACGACAUAAACACCAUGAUCGACCUUGCUAAGGUUGCGGACCUUGUGUUGAUGCUGAUUGAUGCUAGCUUUGGCUUUGAGAUGGAGACGUUUGAGUUUCUCAACAUUUGUCAGGUUCAUGGUUUCCCUCGUAUAAUGGGGGUCCUGACUCACUUGGAUUCAUUCAAGAACAACAAGUCACUCAGGAAGACAAAGAAAAAUCUCAAACACCGCUUCUGGACGGAAGUUUACCAGGGAGCCAAGUUGUUCUAUCUGUCUGGGAUGGUGUACGGGGAAUAUCAGACUCAGGAGGUGAAGAACCUGGGCCGCUUCAUUUCAGUCAUGAAGUUUCGUCCUUUGGUCUGGCAGACGUCCCAUCCUUAUGUGCUGGUUGACCGAAUGGAGGAUUUAACAGACCCUGAGAAGAUCAGGACAGAUCCCAAAUAUGACCGGACUGUGUCGCUGUACGGCUACCUGAGAGGGGCACAUUUGAAAAAUAAAGGCCAGGUCCAUAUCCCAGGUGUAGGAGACUUUCAGGUGAGUGACGUGAACUUCCUGCCUGAUCCGUGUCCACUGCCAGACGCUCAGAAGAAGAGAGCUCUGAAUGAGAAGGAGCGUCUGCUUUAUGCCCCUAUGGCCGGGGUUGGAGGGGUGGUAUAUGACAAAGAUGCUGUCUACAUCGAUCUGCCCGCCAGCCACGUCAAUCGGCUGCAGGAGGAAGUGCGUCCCACCACUGAGCUGGUCCAGUCUCUCAUUGAGACACAUGCUACUCUGGACACUAAGAUGGCUGCCAGUAAGGUAUCUCUGUUCAGUGGCUCAGCUACUUUGGACCCUACAGACAUUGGAGAAGAGACCAGGGAGCAGCAUGGACUUAAGGAGGAAUCUGUCUGGGAUCCAACCAGCCAAAGAGAGCGAAGGAAGGUGAUCUUUACUGAGGAAGAUGAUGAUGUCAGUGGGGAGAGUGAGAGUGAGGAGGAUGACGACGGCGAAGGAAGUGACCAGGCUGUAGAUGAUGUUGAGCACUCACAGGCAGACUGUAAAGAUAAGGCAGCAGGUGGCGCUCCACCAGCCAAGAAACAGAAAGGGGAGGCCAGAAGGACAGAAAGCUCUGCUGAGCUACCAGCUUUUGCAGACAGUGAGGACGACCUGGAGUUGAAUGAGGAGGAAGGUGAGACGGGGACACCAGGAGACUCCGGGCACAGUUCGGAAGAGGAGGCUGAUGAAGAAUCAGAGGAUGAGAGUACUGAAGAUGAAGGCAGUGUAUCAGAAGACCUGGGGAAGCGGCACUCUGAAAGAGAGAGUGAUGAAGAGGAGGAGCAGGGGGCUCUAAAAUGGAAGGAGGGACUGCAGCAGAAGGCAGCUGAGGCAUUCCUACGACAGCAAGCAGCGGCUCCAAAUCUGAGGAAACUUGUUUAUGGUUCAGUUGUCGAGGCACAGGAGUCUGAGGAGGAGGAAGAGGAACUGGGGGGGCUGUUCCGAGUCAGCCGACCUCAGCAAAGCAAAAAGGUCCAGGCAAACACUCUGGACUGCUCCCGUUUUCACCCAGACACCUUCCAUAACUGGGAUGUUGAAGAGAUGCUGGACUCCAUCAGGGAUUGUUUUGUUACAGGGAAGUGGGAGGAAGGCCAUGAUGCAGCCACGCUUCUGAAACAAGAUGAGGAGCUGUAUGGUGACUUUGAAGAUCUGGAAACUGGGGAAGUCCACAUGAGCCACGCUGAGAAUUCUGAGAACCAUGAUGAUGAAGACGAUGGAGAUGAAGAGAUCCAGGUGAAGAUGGACGAUGACGAGGUUCAGAAGAACAAACGUUUGGAGAAAAAGCGCCGGCUGAAAGAACGAUUUGACGCAGAGUACGAUGAUGGUGAUGCUACUUAUUUUGAUGACCUAAAGGAGGAGAUGCAGAAGCAGGCAGAGCUGAACAGAGCAGCGUUUGAGGACAUGGAUGAUGAGAGCAGAGUGCAGUACGAAGGCUUCCGGCCAGGAAUGUACAUCCGAGUUGAAAUCUGCUCUUUGCCCUGUGAAUUUGUCACAAACUUUGACCCCCAUUAUCCCAUUAUCCUGGGUGGCCUGGGCUCCAGCGAAGGCAACAUAGGAUAUCUUCAGAUGCGACUAAAGAAACACAGAUGGUACAACCGUAUCCUGAAGACAAAGGAUCCCCUCAUCUUUUCCUUAGGCUGGCGGCGGUUCCAGACCAUUCCCCUGUAUCACAUCGAGGAUCACAACGGACGCCACCGCUUGCUCAAAUACACCCCACAGCACAUGCACUGUGGAGCCACCAUCUGGGGUCCCAUCACACCACAGGGUUCUGGUUUCCUGGCUGUGCAGUCACUGACUGGAGUUAAAGCCAAUUUUCGCAUCGCGGCCACCGGAGUUGUUCUUGAUCUGGACAAAUCGGUGACCAUAGUGAAGAAGCUCAAGCUAAUUGGAUAUCCAUUCAAGAUCUUUAAGAACACCUGCUUCGUUAAGGGAAUGUUCAACACGGUACUGGAGGUAGCUAAGUUUGAAGGGGCGGCUGUACGAUCAGUGUCAGGAAUCAGGGGUCAGAUCAAGAAGGCUCUGUCUUCACCAACGGGAGCUUUCAGAGCCACAUUUGAGGACCGGUUGCUCAUGAGUGACAUUGUAUUUCUGCGCUCCUGGUAUCCAGUGUCUGUUCCUCAGCUCUACAACCCCGUCACCUCUCUGCUGCUACCGGCGGGUCAGAAGGACAGCUGGGCAGGCAUGAGAACCCUCGGGCAGCUCAAACGCGACCUGGGGAUCCACAACCAACCGAACCCCGACUCUCUGUACAAGCCGAUAGUGCGAGCGAAAAGGCACUUCAAUCCACUUCAUAUUCCCAAGGAGCUUCAGAAGGCCCUCCCAUUCAAGAGCAAACCCAAGCAGCAGCAGCCAAAAGGAAAGACCCCCAGAGACCUGCAGAGGCCCAGCGUAAUCCGAGAGCCCCACGAGAGAAAGGUGGCAGCACUACUUCAAGCUCUCAGCACAGUCCACAAUUACAAGAGGAAGAAGGCUCAUUCAGUGCAGCAUGCCAAACACAAAGAGUUCCUUCAGCAAAAGGAGAAGGAUGAGGAGUCAAAGCUGAAGAGACAGAGGGAGGCAAAGAAAAAACUGUACCGAGUGAUGGGUCAGAUGGACCAGAAGAAGCAGCGAUCCAGUCUGAAGGGGGCGCCAAAAGAUGACUAGUUACCUAUAACUGGACCUGUGUAUGUGAACUCUGGAGAACUGCACUGCUUUGUUCCACAGCUUUGACAGUUUGUUUUAUCUUGUUGUUGAGACAGAUGUUAGUGAGAUAAAAUUUGGUAUCAUUCAAUAAUAGUGAAACAUAGACAUUUAUGUUUUUCUGUGCCAAAUUUGGGUUUGAAAUAAACUGCAUAGAAAUAUUUUCCAUACCUGCUUCUCUGAGCUUUUAGGGUGUGGAGGGCAGGCUGUCUACUGCCUGAAGUAUGCCUAUUCCUUUGGCAAGGUUAUUCCAUAUUGACUAUACUGCAUGUUUUAACUAGGAGAUGCUGGACAAUAGAGUGUGAAACCAGAAAGUUUUGUAGAAUAAUAAUCAACCCUUCAGGAAAGUCAUUUAGUAAUUUUCCAACAUCUCUUUACUACUGUGUUGUCGAAAUGUUUUAGAUACUCACGGUUGUUCAGAACAAUCAUGGUCCAACAUCCCUAACCAGAUCGAUCAGCGUUUCAGGUAGAAUUUCUGACAAUUUACUACCAGAUGUAGUAGAGAACCAGUUGACUGAUGCCUGGUGCUGAUUCUGUGUUUAUUGAAUCAUUGAAUGAAAGGGGUGAGUUCAAGAUGGUAGUGCUGUAGAGUUCAGAGGUCAUUUAGUUAAAGCAGUGGAGAGGUGAAACAACACAUUCUAAGCUGAUUAAGGCAACACUGUUGCUUGGGGGCAGAGGGGCCACAGGCCCCUGAAAACCAAGUUCAUGUUGCAAUGUGAAGACCUAAGCAUGAGGUCUCAGGUAUGAUACAGGGAUGGUUUUCAUACUAUGUUGGAAAAUGUAAAAUUAAAAAUAUUUUCAGUUUUUAUAAUAAAUGCAAAAAUUUGCAAAGAAAAA